UGUACUGAGAUCAGAUCUUCUCUUGACUCUGAGCAGAGUUCUUGCUUCAACAGUGUUUGAACGGAACCCUCUCUGAGUCCUUUGCUCUUUUACUUUUGAAACAUCUAUUGCAUUACUUCUUUUUUUGUGCGCCACCCAAAACCACCAAACCGCCGAAAUGGAUUCCCAGGUGCGCCAGAACUUCCACCGCGACUGCGAGGCUGCCAUCAACCGUAUGGUGAACAUGGAGCUGUACGCUUCCUACACCUACCUCUCCAUGGCUUUCUACUUUGACCGUGACGAUAUCGCCCUUCAGAAUGUGGCCAAGUUUUUCAAGGAACAAAGUCACGAAGAGAGAGAGCAUGCUGAGAAAUUGAUGAAGUAUCAGAACAAACGUGGGGGUCGCGUUGUCCUGCAGGAUGUCAAGAAACCAGAACGUGAUGAAUGGGGUAACACCCUGGAGGCCAUGCAGGCUGCUCUGCAGCUGGAGAAGACUGUGAAUCAGGCUCUUCUGGACCUGCACAAAGUGGGAUCUGACAAGGUUGACCCCCAUCUGUGUGACUUCUUGGAGUCUGAAUACCUGGAGGAACAGGUGAAGUCUAUUAAGCAGCUUGGAGAUUACAUCACCAACCUGAAGCGCCUUGGGUUGCCCCAGAACGGCAUGGGCGAGUACCUGUUCGACAAGCACACCAUGGGAGAGAGCAGCUAAACUGAGUCCCGCCCAUGAGGAUCCAACCAGUCUACUCUGCAUCCCUUUAUGUAUGUGGAAUAAUUAACACCAUGUAUCCCUGUUACCUGAAAUAUGGACCAAAACCUUUUUGUGAUACUUAAAUGCAGCAGUGACUGUGCUUUGUCAACAAGUUUCCAAUAAAGUCUUUCUGCAAUUA